AUGGCGGCUGAAACGGAUAAUGGCUGGAAAUUUGCUCAAUGUUUCGGGGACAAGGGCGAAGUCGAAGACAUUACAGAAGGAGGACGAGUGGUUUUAUUUGAACGUAAUGAUGGCAAAAAAGGAUGUGAAUACAAAUUUUAUACCGAAUUUCAAUCGCACGAACCCGAAUUCGACUAUUUAAAAAGUUUGGAAAUCGAAGAAAAAAUCAAUAAGAUCAAAUGGUACAAAACUGUCAAACUUUGGAAAGUUUUCGAAAAAUCUCUGAAGGUGGUGGCAGAAAAUAAUCUUAGUGAUGGUUCGAGACCUCAAAAUGGAAAAAUCCAACAUUUAAGGCUACCUAAACUUACACAUCAUGACACAAUUAUUGCAGCUGUUCCUCGCAAAGUAUAUGCUAAUGCACAUGCUUAUCAUAUUAAUUCCAUAUCAAUUAACUCUGAUGGUGAAACAUAUAUAUCUGCGGAUGACUUAAGAAUUAAUCUUUGGAACUUAAACAUUAGUGAUCAAAAUAUUGUUGAUAUUAAGCCGAUAAAUAUGGAAGAACUGACUGAAGUUAUUACCGCUGCGGAAUUUCAUCCCAUUCAUUGCAACCUUUUUAUGUACAGUAGCAGUAAAGGAACUAUAAAGCUUAGCGAUAUGAGAGCCGCGGCUUUGUGCGACAGACACGCAAAAUUAUUCGAAGAGCAAGAGGAUCCCGCAAAUAAAUCUUUUUUUUCGGAAAUUAUUUCUUCUAUUUCUGAUGUGAAAUUCAGUAAAGAUGAAGAGAUUAAUGUGGAUGCUAUCGAUUUCAAUAAGAAAAUUCUUCAUGCUUCAUGGCAUCCAAAUGAAAAUUCGAUUGCUGUGGCUGCCACUAAUAAUCUUUUUAUUUUUAC